CAUUCAUAAAUUUAUAAUCGUAGUGACAACUUCUUCUUCUUCAGUAAAAGUCGUGUGAAAAUAAACCAUCACCAAAUUUAGAAUUUAGUGAGGAAAAAAAAUCUCUAAACUUGCCAUUAUCUCUGUGGUCUCAGUAACUACCGCUAAAAAUAGAGGUUUUUGCCACAGACAGAUACAUCACAAAUCAAUCAAUAUCGUUCAUCGUUCUAUUUCCUCCCCCAUCACAUCAAUCCUUUGCUGAUUACUCUUAUACAUAGCACUAUCCUUCCCCUAGUCAGCAAUCGUUAUACACUAAUUAUCCUCCCCCCCCCUCCUCACUGAUAUUGACAAGUAUAAUAUUCAUUUCAUUAAUCCACGUUUAAUUACAUUAAUCAUCUUCUUACAAAUCAUCAAUAUAACUUACUAAUACAUCAUGGUUGUUGAUUCUGCUUAUUAUGAUUUAUUAGGAGUGGAAGUUACGGCCACAUCAUUGGAAAUUAAAAAAGCGUAUAGAAAAGCGGCUAUUAGAUUACAUCCUGAUAAGAAUCCCAAUGAUCCUCAAGCAGCUGAACGAUUUCAAGAAGUUGGUGAAGCUUAUCAAGUUUUAAGUGAUGAGAAAUUAAGAGCUACAUAUGAUAAAUUCGGUAAGAAAGAAUCAGUCCCUCAAGAAGGGUUUGAAGAUCCAAGUGAAUUCUUCUCUAUGUUAUUUGGUGGUGAAGCUUUUAAAGAAUGGAUUGGGGAAUUAUCCUUACUUCAAGAAUUAUCAAAAUCAGCAGAAUUAUCAGGAUAUACUGAUGAAUCAGAUACCAAAGAUGAUUCAAAAAAGACAACGAAAGAUGGGUCUACUACCUCGGUUCCUCCUACCACCUCAUCUACAACCUUUACCUCAUCCUCCUCCACCAGUAGCAGUACCACAAAACCAGUGACAACUGAAGAGGAAGAAACCCAAACAACUAGUAAUGGUCAAACUCUUUACUUACAUCACAAAGAACAUGAUGAUGCUGAACUAACUGCCAAACAAGUUGAAGAAAAGAGAAGAAAAGAGGAAUUAGAAAAAUUUGAAGAAGAAUGUAGAUUGAAAAAGAUUGAAAAUAGAAAAGAAUUAGCCAAAAAUCUUAUACAAAAGAUAUCCUUGUUAACUGAAACUGAUAUGGCUGAUGAUGUUAUGGAUUCAUUCAGAGCAAAAAUCAAAUAUGAAGCUGAAGCUUUAAAAAUGGAAAGUUUUGGUUUAGAAAUUUUACAUACUAUAGGAUCAAUUUAUAAAAGUAAACUGAAAAUUUUUCUUAAAAAUCAAACUUUUUUUGGUUGGGGUGGUCUUUGGUAUUCUGUUAAAGAAAAAGGUGGUGUGGUGAGAGAUACCUAUAAAACAGUAAUAAGUGCUUUGGAUGCUCAAAGUACCAUGCAAGAAUAUGCCAAGAUGCAAGAAGAUAAUGAGUAUCAUGCUAAAAAGGAAGCUGAAGAAGAAGAAAAGGCUAAGAAAGAAGCAGCUGAGAAAUUGGUGGCUCAACUUGAAGCUCAACUUGAAGCUUUAAAGAGAGAACAAGAAGAAAGAUUUGGUAGUGGUAGUUCUAAACCUAUUCAUGAAGAAUUUGGUACCAAGAACUUCUUUGAAGCUGCUGCGGAAGUAGAUGGUGAAACGGAUACUACCAAAGAACAAGAUGUUACAACUACCACUGAAAAAGUUGAAGCUGUGCCUGUUAAACAUUCUCCUGAAGAGUUGGCGGAAAUGGAACAUUAUUUAAUGGGUAAAGUGUUAGCAGCUGCUUGGUCUGGAUCUAGAUUUGAAAUCCAAGGUACAAUUAGAGGUGUUUGUGAUGCUGUCCUUGAAGAUAAAGAAGUUGAUUUAAAUAAACGAGUAGCAAGAGCUAAAGCAUUAAGAAUCAUUGGUGAAGUAUUUGCAUCGAUUACAAGAACAGAAGAUGAAGCUGAAGAAGCUAGAAUCUUUGAAGAAUUGGUGGCUGAAGCUGGUAAAAAGAGAGAAAAGAAGACAUCUCCUCCAGAUACUGCUGCUGCUAAUGAGGCAGCAAAUGAAGCUAGUGCCAAGCAUUAAUUAAUUCAAUAAUGACAAACCUUUUGUGUGUUUAUUUUCAUUUUAUAUUUGACAUUACAAUUUACGAAUUUUCUAUUUAUUUUAAUCUCCUCUCUCCACAAUUAUAUAUUUAUAUAGCUAUAAACACC